CGUGUGUGCGUGUGUGCGUGUGUGCGUGUGUGCGUGUGUGCGUGUGUGGCUACUAGGGGGCACUGGAUAUGGGAUACGAAACAUCGUUGUCGUAUUUAGAGUGGUCGUAAGUUGUACAGUAGUGUUCGAAUUCAAGUGCAUUUGCUCACUAUUCCCGUGAGAAUCGGUGGCAGGUGUGAGUGGAAUCAUGGAAGACACCACAGAUUGGAGAGAAGAGUUGUCAAACAAUUUUCAUACCAAUCCAACAACCAACGGCCACUUUUGCGUCAUUGACGUCGUCAACGGAUUCGCUGCUCCUUCCUCGUUUUUUUUUUAAUGUCUUUGCUUGAACUGAAGAACUCAGAGGACUGACGGGCAUUGUGAUCACCAAAUGACGGAUUAAAGAGACACGAGCAAUUCAUUCACCCAAUCCCGAGAUAAACUCCCACCUUAGCCAAGCUCACGUUAACUCUGGAUCGCCAAUGAACUUGUUGUAUGCACAACAUAUCACCCUGUUCUUCAAGACGGAGCAGGCGGUAAGUCACUUGCAGUAAGUAGUACGUGUGAGCAAUGGGGUGUCUGUGAGUGUGUGCUUUUUAAGCUUUGUUUGAGAGGAGAAUUUCGAGUAAUGCAUUCAAGAGUGUAUGUGUACAAUAAGUAGUAUGUGGUGUACCUGGUGGAUAUUGUAGUGAGUGAGUAAGGAGUGAAGUUCCAAUCAGACCGAGUCACGACGAUGCCACGAAACCGGGGUAUAAUUUCAAGAUAAAACAUGCUUCCAUUGCCACCUUGGAGGCUGGACCAGCAAAAUGACAUGAUUAUGUAAGCUAGAUUCUUUUUUUUUUUUGGUGGGGGGGUGGAGCAGGAGCCGCCGCCUAGUCUGAUACUGAGAAGCAAAGCUAAUUUCUUUGUGUGAUGUCAUUUUGAGUCCAAUUGUUCCACACUACUAGACCAGGAGCGAUAAGCUACUGCUCUGUUGUGGAUGCGUAUGUACAUGUAUACUCGUUCUCUCUUGGAGGUUCCCAAAAAAGCGGAGUGGGUAAAACUUGUCCAGUCAUUCUCAACCCAUUUACGGCUCCACAUGAAAUGUCCAAACAAGUUUCAAGACAAGAAAAUUACGGCACUUUAUCUCUUUCUCAAGGGAAAAAGUGGCCCAGAACAUAUAUAUCGAAAGUGCGAAUUCACAAGUCUGAGAAUACAUACGUUGUUCGUGCGAGUGUGACAAAAAGCAGUAGUACAUUGACGCGAUUGAUUUUUUAUUAUCGCCAAUUCCAUGUUUCUAGUGCUAAUACAUCGCUCAGCUUUCCGACGUAUUCCAGGAGGAAGGAUGAAAAGGGUGAAAUUGGGGUGCGGACGGGUUGGUCACGGCUUGCUGUGUACAACAUAUGUGUGCAAGUCACACCUGGGCAGUUGGCCGCCACCCAUCAUCUCAUCUUCAGGAGGCAAAUCAGAAGAUGCUCUUUCACGGGAAAGUGCGAUCUUGGAGGUGAAUCGAUUCCCACGCUUCAGAAGCUCGCUAGCCUUCUAAUCGGAAACCUCGAAGCCGAAUCGAAGCCGAUGCAAGAGCUCUGGGAUGGAUGACACUCGCCAAAAGCAUGAGCUCGCUUUCCACAUCCUUGUCCAAUCCAACAACUCUCUUUCUCCUCGUUCACUACCUAGUGCAGAACUAUUACUCGAAGUUGUUAGAGCAGUGGGCGCGAGGCUUGAGAGUGAAGGGCGUGUUGCUUUGGAGAGCGCCAAUGCGAGCAGGAGGAUCGUGCGAAGCCGAGAAUCCGACCGAGAGACGAGAAGCCAGGCUCGAGCGGAACGCACGCUCGGCACAUGGCCAGUUAAAAUUCAAGUUGGACCUCACCGAAACAUUAUUCACCGCUUGACGUUCGACGCAAAAGCAUCGUCCACAUUUGCUCGUGCCUCAAACACUCACCAUGUCUUCCCUCAGCCAAUACAAUGUUCUCAACUUGUCCCAACAAGUGGACCAAGAGACCCCGAUGUCUCGCACUCAUCAGUACCGCAAGGUCAUGAAACCUCUCCUGGAACGCAAACGUCGUGCCCGGAUCAACAAGUGCCUGGACGACCUCAAGGACCUCAUGGUAUUUGCUCUUCAAGCUGAAGGCGAGUCCAUCACCAAAUUGGAGAAAGCCGACGUUUUGGAACUUACCGUUCAACACCUCCAAAAGCUCAAACGCCAACAAAUGCUCCAAGCCAACCCCGCCUUGGACAUGGACCGAUUCCGAUCAGGCUACACUUCAUGUGCCAACGAGGUUAGCCGCUUCUUGGCUUCAGUGCCCGGAGUCAACAUCCACUUGGGAACCUCCAUUAUGACCCAUUUGGGCGCGAGCAUGAACUCCAUGGAGAGCUCCAAGGUCCCCACCUCACCCGCCACCUCACCUCUGUCGGUCAAUAUCACCUCUGUGUCCAAGGGCGAACUCAAGCCAGAACUGCCUCUUUCCCCAUCCUCGGAUGGAGGCUACACAUCGGGUCGAGAAUCCAUCCCAUCUCCCAUUUCGGUGGGAGCACCUUCGCCCAAACCUGCUGCCACCUCGGAGCCAGUUUGGAGACCUUUCUAAGCAUAGCUUUCUAAUACCAAAUUUCUGUUAACUUGACCACACGUCGAGUUUCUCAAAUGAUCUCAUAGAGUCUUCCAAUCGUUACUCAUGCCUGUGAUACUAAAUGUUGAUAAUAUAAAAAGACAAAACUGCUUCUAA